UCCCAGACAGUGGAGCCGGCCGCCACCGCUGCAGGGGCUGCCGCGGGGAUGCAGAGCGCGGGCGCCACCGCUCUCCGCGCACUGCUCGGCUGAAGGCGCACAGGAAUUUGGAAUUAACUUAGCUGAGUAGUUCUGGCUCAAGUUCUCUCAAGAAGUUGCAGUCAAGAUGUCAGCUGGGGCUGUAGUAAUCUGAAGACUUGUCUCGGUCUGGAAGUUCAGUUUGCAAGGACUCAGUUACUGAAAUUAUCAGCGCUACCAUCUUCUGUGCAAAUUUCUCUUCCACUAUGACAAGAACAAUUGUAUUGCACAUUUGUCUGGCUUUCUGUGGCCUUCUGCUUCUCAACAUUGUCACACAAUGUCUGGCCUUCCCUCAAGUGGAAAGACGGGAGAUAGCUCAUGUUCAUGAAAAAAGAGGGCAAUCUGAGAGAAUAAACACAGACGACCCAGAAAAUAACUCCAUUACUUCAAAGUCCACUCCCCAACCAGUGGUCUCUGAAGAUCCAAUGAGAGGGUUAGUGGGACCAUCAGCAACGUCAUUAAAUAAAGUAUCCCCUAUUAACAAAGAAACCCAUUCUAUGGGAGGUGAGCUCAUGCAAUUCAAUAGCCCUGAUGUUGACAUUGCUACUGAACCAGUGGUCUCAGCAGGGGAAGAAGUAUUUGGCUCCAGCCAGCCAGAGAGAACGUCGCCUGAACGCUGGCUUUCCAAGGCCAUGGUAACCAACCCUAUUACUGCAACUGCUCUGAUUAUUGAUGAGAAGCAGGAGACCUUCAGUAGUACCAACACUCAGCCCAUUGUAGAAGGGACCACAGAAGCAACACAAGUCUUUCUGAAGUAUGUGGAUAAUCAAUUGUUUACAACUGAAAGUCAGGAAGGAGUUAGUCUGGGACAUUCAACCUCAUCCUUUGUGAAUGCUAAAAAAAAAUUAACCACCAAUCCAAGGGCUGAAAAAUUUGAAGCAGGCACAGAACAAAGGACAACUUCUUGUGCUGGUACUGAGCCCACAGCAGGCACUGAGUCUGGAAGCCUCCUGUCUGAUAGGGAGAAACCAUCACGGAUGAGAGCUGAUAAUAUCCAGGCUACUGUCACUAAGCACAGGCUUGCAAACUCUGAGUACACUCUAAGUGUUGAGCUGGAAACUGAUAGCCUGCUGGGAGCCCCAGAAGUCACAGUGAGUGUCAGCACAGCUGUUGCAGCUUCUUCUGUUGUAAGUGAUGAGUGGGAUGACACCAAAUUAGAGAGUGUAACAAAGCUUGGAGACAAUACAGAAAUUCAGGUGAGAAUGGAAACAUCUCAGACAACCCAAGUAACUGAAAAUGGUGUAGAAGGUAUGGAAGGGGGUGAACCUUUGACAGAGGCUGCACAUAGGGCUCUGGGGCUGCCUAAAGGGGAAACACACACGGGGACAGCCCUGCUAAUACCACAUGAGGAUAGCAGAUCAUCUGCCUUCAUCAAGCAAAGUUCCUUUACUCCCACAACGCUGAUGGAAGAUAUGAAAGCCUCUGUUGAAAACCUGUUUCAAAAUACUGCAGGCUUCUUGGAACCCACCAAGGAAAACAAUGCUAUGGUUUUUUUAGAGACUACUGUUUCCAUCUCAGAAUAUGAGUCUGAGACAUAUCAACCACUGGGAAAUACAUUUAAAGACAUCACCACUCAAGAGAUGACAACAACUGUUCAAGAAGCAGAUGCCACUUUAUCAUUGGUGACACAAGAGCAGCAGGUUUCUACCCUUGAAGUUACCAGAGAAAAUGGCGAGACUGAGGAAGGAAGAGAGUCCUCCUCUGGCGCAUCUGAUGUUCCCAGUGUUACUCAGCUGCUGAGGAGAUGGGAGCCUCUGGCCACUACAGUUUCCACUACAGCUGUGCCUCUGUCUUUCGAAGUUACUCCCACCGUGGAAGACCUAAUGGACACAGUCACUGGGCCAAAUGAGGAUUUUUUCACACCAAUUUUGGGCUCUCCAGUGACACCCCCUGGAAUAAUGGAGGAGGCACCCAGCAUUUCCCCAGCAUUUCCUGAUUCUGAGGCAUCCUCUGAGAGAAGAACCGUUGUUCCAUCCAUUAGCCAUGUGACUACAGCUGCCUCAUAUGGCCUGGACCAACUUGAAUCUGAAGAGGGAGAAGAAGAUGAGGAUGAGGAGGACGAGGAGGAGGAAGAUGAGGAGGAGGAAGAUGAGGAGGAUGAGGAAGAAGACAAAGGCACAGAUUCCCUGGAUGAGAGCGUGGAUGGUGACGCCGAGCUGCGUGGGUUUACUGUCCCUGGCCUCACAUCACAGGAACCUGGGUUGGAGCAGGAAAACAUGGACCUUCUGGAGGGAGCCACCUACCAGGUGCCAGAUGCCCUGGAGUGGGAACAGCAGAAUCAGGGCUUGGUGAGAAGCUGGAUGGAAAAACUAAAAGACAAGGCGGGCUAUAUGUCUGGGAUGCUGGUGCCUGUAGGGGUGGGGAUAGCUGGAGCCUUGUUCAUCUUGGGAGCUCUCUACAGCAUUAAGGUGAUGAAUCGCCGAAGGAGAAAUGGCUUCAAAAGGCAUAAAAGAAAGCAGAGAGAAUUCAACAGCAUGCAAGAUCGAGUAAUGCUCUUAGCUGACAGCUCUGAAGAUGAGUUUUGAAUUGGACUGGAAUUUAAUUGGGAUAGUAAACAAUGCUAUUUUAUUUUUAUUCGGGGGCAAAAAAAGAACAACAUCCUGCCACAUUGCUGCUGUCAGCCCAUCAGUCUCAUUAUCUGCUGGGCAGUAGAUUUUUCCUGCACUGAGCAGAAAAGGCAUGCUGUAUACUAAAUGUAAUAUGCAGUGUUUGUUUUUAUUCUGUAGUGAAUUUUCCACAGACAUGGGCUACAACUCAUAAAGAUACAGCACACAUGUUGUUCAUUAGGAGUUGCUAGGUAAGGUAGAGUAAAUAUUUUGUAUUUUUCCACAGUGUCUUUCCUUGGUUUGGAUUACUUACACUAAGUAUAACAUUAUUGCUACCAAGGCAUGCUUAACUCUGAAAUAGAAAUCAUAACAAAGAAUAACUUGUGAUGAGUUAUUAUAACUCUACCUACUUGCAGCCAUAGGCUUGUGGGCUAUGGUACAUGUUACAUUUGCAUCAAAACUGGCAGCAACUCAAAGUGGAAUCUUUUUCAUCAAGAAAAUCUCUCAGCACAUUAGGAUUAUACGUAGAUUUGUAUAUAUCUUGCAUCAUGUAUUUCUGUCUCCCAGUUUUAUUAUCUUUCUGUUUUAUUCGCAUUCUUGGCCAGGAAAAAAUGCAUCAGAAAUAAUACAUUAAAUUGACUCAGUUUUAAUAUAUGUUUGCUUUCUUAAAUAGUUUCAGUCCAGCAUACCUAUCAACAGAUUCUUAUGUGUUUAUCAUUAAGAGAUAGGUGUUUUUUUGUUUCGUUUUGUUUUUUUGGUGUGCCAUUUGACUUUGUCAGGAAGAAAUGAGAGAGAAAUCAAGAAGAAAACGAGGGAAGGUAAGCUCCCAGAGCAUUUAUAUCUACCAUCUGGCUCUGGGCUUGCAUGGCCAUUAUUUUGAAUUAUUCGGAGGGUUGCUUUUCUACACCUGUGAUCUUGGCCAUGGAAUCAAUGGGCUACACAACAGAGCUUAUGAGAAAACAGCCUCUCUCAGGGCACCCCACUUCGAGGAUGUUGGGCUAUGUUAGAUCAUUUCUUAUUCCCUUAUUCUUUGUGCUAUCUUUUGAAUCUGGGUAUUUGGGACUUACAGUAAGUUGAGUUUUUGGCUCGAAAAUUCUCAUGGAAGAAUAAAGGUUACUAAUAACACUGUUCAUAGUGCUUUACACCAUGGGAAACUUUUUCACAUUUGUCAGAGCCUGUUACAUGAUAUUUGAGGCAAGUUGUACAGUUAUUCCUCAUAGCUACCAUAUGAGGUAGGACAUAUGUUUUUUAAUCUCCCAUUCAACUGAAGACAGAACUGAAACAGAGAAACAAAAUGAUUAUCCAGAGUUAUACCAGGAAGAAUAAGGACUAGAACUCACCUGGACUCAAACCAUGCACCUCUAUCUUCAAUUCAAUGCCCUUCCCACACACUUGGGAGGAAGCAGUGAUAUUUCAGAGUCCUUCUUUAAAACCAAUGUUCUAACGAUAAAUGGCUACUUGGUCAAGGC